AGCACAAACAGAGCAAGGGUAGGGCACGGGCGCCCCAAAUGCGCCGUCGCAGCCACCACUCUCGGUCCCCAGCGCACGCACUCUAAGUCGGGCUGCUGCAGCGUGCACACCGUGGCAGGACAAACGCGCGCGUAAUCGGGCCUCUUCAGGUGCUCUGGACCCGUCGUAGUAACUUUGGACAGUUGUUUUCGAUUAUGGCAGUGAACCAUGCGCUUCUCACGUGAACAAUGUGGUGGUUUUUAUGUGGACUUGUCGUACUCGUCGCCCCAAGACACCACGAUGUCCAUGGAGGAGGGGGGGUGCUGGCGUCCAAAGUCAACGCUAAAAGAGAAACUGACUACACACUCGACGAUUCAUUCUGGAUUGACGAAACUCCAGCCGGCGAAGUGGAGAGGCUCCUCCGAGAAUACACCCAAAACCAAGAUCUGGUCAGGAAUAUUGGCUCCCACUACUACCAGAUCAUCUAUCCUGUUCAACUACGCCAGCACAAGAAGAUGGGCAUCUCUACACGGGAGAUAGGGUCGUCUAAGGUACGCACAAAGCGGAGUUCGAGGGGUCAGGGGGAAGGAGGUUUCGCACCAGGACGGACCCGCCCAGCCAAAACCGGCAAACACUUCCACCGAACCUCGUUGCUCAUCAAGGCUUUCAACCACAAGUUCCGUCUCGAUCUAGAGCUUAACACGCAACUCAUAGCGCCGAAUAUUAUGCAGAAGCACUUUCUUGCCAACGGAGCCGAACAAGUAUCGAAGCAGGACAUCGAGCACUGCUACUACCACGGCACGGUGCAAGAUUACCCUGGAGGAACUGCUGCCUUUCAUACCUGUAACGGGGUCAGUGGCGUCAUCCAUGUUGGGAAUGAAACAUUUGUCCUACAUCCUUUCUACGGAGGAGAUCUUUCGCAGAAGCAUCCUCACGUGAUAUUUGAAGCCCGUACCAAGGCCAACAGAGGAUGCGCCAACUCCGGCAACAUGGAGUGGAGGCACAACACCCACACGGGCUUCCUGCCCACCAGGUCCAGACGAGACGUCCGUGAGGCCACCAAGUACAUCGAGACGGCCCUGGUGAUCGACAAGGCGAUGUUCGAGCGUCGGAACGGUAGCACCAGGAUCGACGUGGUGCACGACGCCAUCCAGGUGGCCAACAUAGCCGACCUGUACUUCAGGACCUUGAACACUAGGGUGUCGGUAGUGUACAUCGAGACGUGGCAGGGCGGCAACCAAGCUCAAAUAGACCGUAAACAGGACAUCGGGAAGGCCUUAACUAAUUUUAACGAUUACACUUCGCGUAACCUCUUCAAGGUGGAUAGGGACACUACUCAGUUGUUGACGGGUGAGAUGUUCAUGGGUGGAGAGGCUGGUAUGGCGGUUCCGGCCACGGUUUGUACGAAUAAAGCUGUGGGUAUUAGUGUAGAUAUCAACACGUACGAGCCUCACUUGGUAGCGGGUACGAUGGCCCACAUGAUCGGACAUAAUAUCGGUAUGGGUCAUGACGAUGGGAGAGAGGAGUGCUCCUGUAGGAACUGGCAUGGUUGUAUCAUGGCCCAGUCGAUUGUUGGCUUGGACAACGUGCAGCCUUACGAGUUCUCGGAGUGCAGCCAGAAGGACUAUAUUGAUAAGUUGAGGACUGGCAAGGCGCUGUGUCUGUUGAACAAGCCCAACGAACUUAUGCCACCCGGGAUGUCAAUAAUUCAUGAAUGGACUAUACCUUCAAAGGUACGCAAGAAGUGCGGCAACCGCAUAGUGGAGGACGGCGAAGACUGCGAUUGCGGAACCUUCGAGGAGUGCCCAAAGAUAGACCCCUGUUGCGACCCAUUCACCUGCAAACUGACAACGGAGGCUGAGUGCGCUUCUGGACCGUGCUGUGAUGAUUGCAGACUGAAGGAGAAGGGGAUGGUGUGCAGGGAAUCGGCGAACGAAUGCGAUCUUCCUGAACAUUGUACCGGGGAGACGGGAGAUUGUCCCAACGAUUUGUACAAGAAGAACGGCAGCCCCUGCGGCGACAAUUCGGGCCACUGUUUCAACGGCUUCUGCAACACGGUGUCGCAACAGUGUGAGAAGAUUUGGGGAUACGGUGGAAAAGCUGCAGACAACCAAUGCUUCGAACAGUUCAACUCGAAAGGUUCCAUCAAUGGCCACUGCGGUAGUGACUCCAGUGGAAGAUUCAUCAAGUGUGCUCCAGAAAACUUGAAGUGCGGCUCGUUGCAGUGUCAAUUGGGAGCACGAUCUCCUGUGAUAAAAGGACUAGAUCAACUUUUUUCUAGGACGAUUAUAUCGAUCAAGGGUGUAGAAUACGAAUGCAAACUUGUUUACAGAACAACGACGGGAAAUGGGGAGAAAAAUGAUCUGCCACAACAUGGACUUGUACGCGACGGAACACCCUGUGGAGAUAACCUCAUAUGCCUUAACCAAACGUGCACUAGUAUUUUUCCGUAUAUCGAUCAGCUCAAGUGCCCUACUAACAAAAUUAACCAAGAGUGUUCUGGGAGAGGGUACUGUACCAAUACCAAUCGUUGCUAUUGCAACCCCGGAUGGACUGGUUCUGAUUGUUCAAUAGAAGAUGAAAUUAUUCCAUCCCCACCUCUCCCUACGAGGCCAUCGUUGGAGAGAAAAAGUACGAAUUUAUCCAGCGUUAUGAAAAAGAAAGAAACCCCCUACGAGAGCUAUCACGGUUCCAACACGGUAUUUCUCGUUGGUACACUCAUGUCGGUGGUAGGGGGUGUGUUCAUUGUGUUCGCAACUAUGGCCCUAUGCUACAGGUCAGUCGUAGUACACAAAAACUUCUCGCUCUGUCUCAGGAGGACAACUGUUAGCAAAUACGAACGUGCUUACAAAAAACCCAUGACCAAAAAUUACGUGCUGGCCGGAAAUCAUGCCCAAGAUGGCUCUAACAAGAUGAUCAAUCUCAGUGGACAAACUUUAGGCCGUGCGGAUUCCCAAAGGGUUCUUUUUCGAUCAGCCAAUCAUAUGGGCCCAGGACAGGCGCAACAACAAUUUCAGGAUAUUAAGAUACAACAGUUGAAGCGAAUGGGAGUUGGAGCUGCCAAGAAUGAUGAUCAAGUUGAAGAAGAAACGGUCUCCUUCAUAGACCUCCAGCACAACAACUUGAAAAUGCCGGAAAAGAAGGGAAUCCUGAAGAAACACGACUACGGGAUGAUGUUGGCUGACGGCAAAGGCAACUGGAGCGAGGAUAUCCAAAACGAAGAGCUAAUGAUGCAGGCGGAAGCAAACAUAGCGCAACUGAUGAGUAACGCCGGUGCUUCCGAUGUCGAGAGAACGUUGAAGACCCUGAAUGGAUACCACGAGGAUAUCAUCAAGGCUCUGAGGAACGCAGCUUCUCAUAGAGGGAGCUCCUCGUUGCCUUCUGGCAGCACCACGGAGUUGAGUGAGGAAAGACUGAGGCGUAGCUUGGAGCAGUGCACUGAGAAUUAUGGACAGUACAAGAGUAGGUCGCGGUCUGCUAGUAGUGAGAAGAUAUGCGAAGCGCAAACCGUAUUGGAAGCAGAAGACGAAGAAGAGGACGAAGUACCGCCAUGCGGACCUAUCCGAAUUCGUAACCUUGAAGACCUCAUCCGUCAGCUAGAACACCAUUCCCGCCAUAUGAGUCCCAGCGGAUCGGAGGACAUCAGGAUGUCGGAGACCGAGGCAGAUCGGCACUACAGGCAGGAAUCGUCGUCCGCCUGUAGCGAGAGCAGCCACCAGAGCCACAGGGACACCCGUUUCGUUUACGGCCGUUACCGCCAACCCUCAGGCAGGAUGCCUUACCCCUCCCACCACAUGCACCCCGCUGAGGAAGAGAGCAUCUACGAAAGUGCCGACCACGACAGAGGGGAGCCUUGCGGGGAGACACCAGAUAGCGAAAGUGAUGAAUUCAUGCAAGCGCAGCAACAGUUAGCCAGGUGGGCCAGCGAAGAUGGAAUGGGUCAACCAGGUCCUAGUGGAAGUGUUGGCGGCGUACCUAGGGAAUAUUUCCCAUCGCCUAGCAGUUCUACUAGCGAGGAGCCACCGAGUAUCGCUAGAGCACCUGUUCCUACACCUGGUGUACCAACCGGUCCACCUCAUCCUGAACACGCUACCAUCCACCGACCUAAGAGAUAUCCUGAAUAUAAGCACUGAUAGUGGCUGAAUCAGGGAAACUUUAUCCUGAAGAGUCGUUGUUCUAGAAUGGAUCACCAUUUGGUUUUCAAUAACUGUUUCUGAGAUCAUUAGGAUAUCAAGCUAUAUCACCACGAUUGGACUAUCAAGUUGAAAAAAUACUUAGUUU